CCCCCUCCCACCGCUCGCUCGCUUGGGCACCGCCCCUCCCCUCUCGCUAGGGUUAGGGUUUUGCUCAGCGAUGGACUCCGACGACGAUAUGCACGACGCCAACGAUGUGGAGUCGAUGGACGAGGAUUUCUACAGCGGGGAGGCCGACGAUUACUACAACAGCGACAACGCCGACGUCGAUGAUUACGAGUUCGUCGAGGACGCCGAUGCUGAUUCCGACGUCUUCACCGCUCGUCGGCAUCAGCAAAACUACAUUAUCUUAAAGGAAGAAGAUAUACGACAACGUCAAGAGAAUGAUAUAACGGGAGUUGCUGGCGUCCUAUCUAUACCUAGAGACGCUGCUAUCACCCUGCUGCGCCAUUAUAAUUGGAGUGUAAGUAAAGUUCAUGAUGCAUGGUUUUCUGAUGAAGAUAGAGUGCGAAAAGCAGUGGGCUUAUUGGCAAAACCGGUUGUUGAGCAUCCUAAUUUAAGAGAAUUCACCUGUGGAAUCUGUUUUGAGUCUCAUCAGCGUGAUAAAAUUAUGUCGGUUGCUUGUGGUCAUCCUUUCUGCAUUACAUGCUGGGCAGGUUACAUAAGCACAUCCAUAAUUGAUGGUCCUGGAUGUUUAACAUUGAGAUGUCCUGAUCCAUCUUGUGGUGCUGCCGUCGGUCAAGAUAUGAUAAAUCUUUUAGCGCGUAAAGAAGAAAAGGCAAAGUACUCUCAAUAUCUUCUUCGCUCGUACAUUGAAGACAAUAGAAAGACCAAGUGGUGUCCUGCCCCUGGUUGUGAAUAUGCCGUAGAAUUUGCUGCUGGCAGUGAAGGUUACGAUGUCUCCUGCCUAUGCUCUUUCAACUUUUGCUGGAAUUGUACAGAGGAAGCUCACCGUCCAGUAGAUUGUGGCACUGUUGGAAGGUGGAUCAUGAAGAACAGUGCUGAAUCUGAAAACAUGAACUGGAUUCUAGCCAAUUCAAAGCCUUGUCCCAAGUGUAAGCGUCCAAUAGAGAAAAACCAAGGGUGUAUGCAUAUGACAUGUACACCUCCUUGUAAAUUUGAGUUCUGCUGGCUCUGUCUGGGUGCAUGGACUGAUCACGGGGAGAGAACUGGUGGAUUCUAUGCUUGCAAUCGUUAUGAGGCAGCUAAACAAGAGGGAGCGUAUGAUGAGGCUGAGAGAAGAAGAGAGAUGGCGAAAAACUCAUUGGAGCGAUAUACUCAUUAUUAUGAACGAUGGGCGAGUAAUCAAUCUUCAAGGCAGAAAGCUCUUGCUGAUUUACAUCAAAUGCAAACUGUCCAUCUCGAUAUUCUUAGUGACGCACAAUGCCAGCCAGAGUCACAGUUGAAGUUCAUCAUAGAGGCCUGGCAACAGAUAGUUGAGUGUAGGCGAGUGCUCAAGUGGACUUAUGCAUAUGGUUAUUAUCUGGCGGAAUAUGAACAUGCUAAGAAACAGUUUUUUGAGUACUUGCAAGGUGAGGCGGAGUCCGGAUUGGAAAGGCUUCAUCAGUGCGCAGAGAAGGAACUUCACCAGUUCCUUGAUGAUGAGAGUCCUUCUAGUAACUUUAAUGACUUCCGCACCAAGUUAGCUGGACUUACCAGUGUGACCAGAAACUACUUUGAGAACCUCGUGAGAGCAUUGGAGAAUGGGCUAUCAGAUGUGGAGUCCCAUGGCGGUUGCAGCAGGGCAGCGAGCUCUAAGAAUGGAGGGAGCAGCAAGGCAAGUAGAGGUGGUGGAAGGGGAAAGGGAAUUGCCAGCACUCGCGCUGGUUGCAGCCGAACCGAUGAUGCAUCUCACUGGUCCUGCGACCAAUGCACUUAUGCUAAUGCUAGAUCUGCAACCACUUGCAAGAUGUGCCAGCAUCGCCGAUGAAAGCAGUGAC